GGGAGCGCGCACCCCACCCCCUUUUAUUGUUUUCCAGGUUAGAGCAACGCUGGCGUCUGGAUUGUUGACUGCCGGCUUCUACCCAGUACCGUGUCCGCUAUUUGUUUGUCCCCUGUCUGUUUUGUGUUUCCCGUUUUAAGUGUGCCCGUUUUUUAUUUUUCUCGCCUUUUCUCCUGCCCAUUGCGUAUCUCUGGAGCUCUGCUUGCACCUCUUCGAUCCCGCUCCCUCUGACUACGAGCUACGCUAGCCAGCUAGCCAACCUACCACCGGACCCUCCUACCUCCCGGCUCUGAGCCUGUAGCUGCUUGCUCUUGGGUCGGCAAACGGCUCCAACCCAACUUGCUGGCCACUAGGCCAGCGUCCUCGGGGGGAGCACCCGCUCGCUGCGAGCUCGCCCCCUCUUUUUAUUGAACCGUCUGCAUGCGUGUCAGAUGUGCGCAUGCGCCGUUGUGAGCACAACAAGCCUAAUGAGCGUGCGUGGUCACGUGUCCAAUCUGGAGAAAAAGCUUCGACCGCUAGCUGCCCGGUGAAAACGCCCGUCCUCCUGUGACCCAGGCCCCCCCGCCAGCUGCGACCACCAUGAGCACCUUGAUGACGACGGUGAUGAUGAUGAUGAAGACGACGCAAAGUGCGCGCCUCCUUGCUACUGCCUUCGUGGAAGCAUCGCGUCAACGCACCUUUAGCCUGGACGCGAGCGCGCCGCUGGUGUGCACUCGUGGCUACGUACACGGCCGUUGGGUGAGCGCGGCUCAAGACUUCCCGGUUUGGGACCCGGCCACCGGGACCGAGAUCGCGCGGGUGGCGGACUGCGGGCCGGAAGAGGCCAAGCGGGCCGUAGACGCGGCCCACGAGGCAUUCCAACAGUGGAAGGAUGUCACGGCCAAGGAGCGCAGUAGCCUCCUGAGGAAGUGGGCCAACCUGAUGACGGAGCACAAAGAGCACCUGGCCACCAUCAUCACCUUCGAGAGUGGUAAACCCAUGAAAGAGGCCCUGGGUGAAAUCGCCUACUCAACAUCCUUCCUAGACUGGUUUUCAGAGGAAGCGCGGCGGGUGUACGGUGACGUGGUGCCGUCACCAUUCAGGGACCGCAAGAUUCUCCUCCUCAAGCAACCGGUGGGCGUGGCCUCCAUCAUCACGCCGUGGAACUUCCCGAGCGCCAUGAUCACCAGGAAGGUUGGCGCCGCGCUGGCCGCAGGAUGUAGCGUCGUGGUCAAGCCGGCCGAGGACACACCCCUAUCGGCGCUUGCUCUGGCAGAGCUGUCGUCCCAGGCGGGCCUCCCGGCAGGCGUGUUCAACGUAGUCCCAUGCUCCAGGGAGCAGACGCCAUCGGUGGGGCGCGUCUUGUGUAGCGACCCCCUGGUGCGCAAGAUCUCCUUCACAGGUUCCACCGCCACCGGCAAGGUUUUGCUGAAAAUGGCCGCAGAAACCGUCAAGAGGGUCUCCAUGGAGCUGGGGGGUCACGCCCCUUUCAUUGUCUUUGACAGCGCCGACGUGGACCAGGCGGUGCAAGGAGCCAUGGCUUCCAAGUUCAGAAACUCGGGGCAGACGUGCGUGUGUUCCAACCGUUUCCUGGUGCAGAGCUCCGUCUACGACAGCUUUCUGGAAAAGCUUGGCGCCGCCAUGGACCGCCAGCUCAAGAUCGGACACGGCAGCAAGCCGGACACCACGCAGGGCCCGCUCAUCAACCGCAGGGCAGCGGACAAGGUCCUCCAUCAGACCGAGGAUGCCCUCUCUCGGGGGGCCCGCCUAUUGCGGGGCGGCCGCCGUCUUCACGGCUCUUUUGUGGCGCCCACGCUGCUGGCGGACGUCAGGGCCGACAUGUUGUGCAUGCAAGAGGAAACCUUUGGGCCUCUGGUGCCCGUUGUCAGGUUUGACACUGAGCAAGAAGCGCUCGCCAUCGCCAAUUCGUCCCAAGUGGGCCUGGCAGGUGAGCCCCCGGACUUGAUCCAGACAGCUACUGGAUUUGCUUGCAUAUUAUCCGCUGGCGGAGGUUACUUCUACUCGUCAGACAUGUCUCAGAUCUGGAGAGUGGCAGAAGCUUUGGAGGUGGGUCUGGUGGGGGUCAACGAGGGUCUGCUGUCCACCCCCGAGGCCACCUUUGGGGGGGUCAAGGAGUCCGGUCUUGGACGCGAGGGCUCCAAGUACGGCGUGGACGAAUACCUUGACGUCAAAUACGUCUGCUUGGGUGGCCUGUCGCCAACUGGCUAACGGGAUCACCAAACGAGAACCCCGUCAACGUGCCAUAAAUGACGAGAGCUCGCUAACGCUAAUUCUUAAUUCUUACUUUGGCUUGCCAUUUUCGUAGUGUGCUAGUUACCGUAGCAUAAUUGCAAUUGGCCAGUGACAGUCAACUUGUAUUGUUCAUUCAUUGAAAUAUCCAACAUUGCUAAGCGGUGACUAGAUGAUGUGAAGCUUCUGCCAGCCAAUCAGGAGAGAUUUUCUCUUUGCUGUCACUCAGUAAAAUUAAUUUCACAUUUUGUAAAAAGCACGAUAUAAGAACAAUUGAAAAGAUUGACGUCCUCUAGAUUUUUGUAAUGGUUAUACUAAUUAGUUUAUAAUAAUUAUGUCUAUAUUGACAUGUCAUGGACCACAUCUUCAUUAAUGUUAGCAUUGUUGGGGUUUACAGAUUAUCUUCAUCAUAUGAUUAUGUUGGAAUGUAACCUGUAAUAAUUUACCUAGCUUGUCCUGUCUUAACAAAAGUAGUAGACCAAAGUGCUAAGAUCUUUUGAACUGAUUGACUAGCUGGAGAGGAAGCAAUCAAAGUUGCUUUGUUUACAGAAUGUCGUAAAAGGCCCCCUGCUAUGCUUUGAUCAGCAGGCCCCAUCCUGUUUUAACGUUCACCCCCACUCUCAACCCCACUCUGUUUCUCUCAAUAAAAAUGCUCCUACAUGGGGCCAGAGCAA